UUUAAUAUUUUCAUUUAUCAUCCUGAGUCCUGAAUGAAUGUCAUCAACCUCCUCAACCUGUACGCGCUGUUUACAGUAUUUACGCUGGUGUUAUCGGUGUUAUCUUCUAGUGUUCAGUCAGUGGCAGUGCUAAGUAGACGAUCGUGUGACAUUGAAACGUAGCGCCAUCAUUGCUUGCUGCUGUAUACAACAUUUAUCCCCUAUGCUCCCACACAUUCGACAGUCAACAACCAAGCAAUAACAACACCGAAAAAGUCAAGCUGCUGGUACCGAAAUAUAACAACGCUGAUAGAUUUUAUUUUAGGUGAAAGCGCCUGCCCAAAUCGCUCAAAGAUGGCCGUAGGAAUUCCGCCUAGUGCAGAUAAGAGCUACUUCCAGCGCUUCUGCGAUUACAUGAAGCGUGAUACCAAAGGAGUGGAGAUCGCAACCUACACACUAUCCGGCGUUCUAUUUGUCAUUGCGUACAACAAAAUCCGUCCGAUCACUCGCUUCGGUAAACCAUCGGACAUUCCGAAGCACUUCAUCCGACAGCAGCUGCCCCAGUAUGGUCGCGUCCAGAAGAUUGAACCAUCGAUUCAGUUUGGUCCCCUGCUAAUGAUAAAACAUCGUCCUCCGCUGAAUUUGAUCUUUUGGUCUAGGAAAACACUACCGGUACGAGUGGCCGGAAUCGAUGUUAACGCCAAUGGGUACUCGUGGCUUCAAUCGGUGGUAGUCGAUCGGAAGGUUACUUUCAUCCCCAUCGGGAAUACCGCCUCGGAACACUACGCCGAAUGUAGUGUCUACUUUCACGAUCUGUCCAGCGAUAAGAAGUGGAUCCGGCAGAUAGAUGUGGGACAAACCUUGCUCAAUCUGGGCUUCGCUAAGCUAACUGUUCCGGUGUCGAAGGAGAAAAUAACGACCAAGGAUCCGUUCGAGAGAAAGAUACAAACUUAUUUUAAGACGUUGGCCAGGAGUGAGAAUAAUGCCAAGUACCGCCGGGUUGGACUAUGGCAGCAAACACUGCCACCGAAACUGUGGCCCGUAAAAAUUUUGCAGAACGCCUGGGAUAGUCUAACUUUGCGGGUGGUACCAGUGUCCCGGCGUUUGCCGGAAUUGGUUCGGUAGAAUCUUCGCAGAGCUUUAGCUGACCAACGACAGCCGGCUGGCAUACAACUGAAAAGUAUUCGAUAAUGCAACCGGCUAAAUGAAUAAAGCCAAUCUUCUGAAGAAAUGAAGUAACUGAAAGUGCCUCCAUUUAGAGAGAUGUUAGCGGCUUUGAAACUAAACCUGUUUUGAGCAAAUGAGGUUCAUGUUAAACGUUAAGCAGAUUUUUCUUAGUCUUUUUGAAUGUUUUAUAUAUGUUGAUACUUAAAAAAAUAAGAUUUUGUUUAUGAAGAA